AUGUCUUCAUUCACUCAGCCGAUGCCAGUAGUUGCCUGCGGCAGAAUACCCGCGAUGGGGAAAUCAAUCUCCCAGCACGUGCUGCCUGAAUAUGAAGUCAUCCACUUCAUCCUGUCAUAUGAGGCUGCAGAGGCUGAGCUCCCGCAGCUGCUUGCAGGUCGCGAACCUCAGUCUCGGAGCCCCAAUGAGAUCGGAACCCACGAUUACAGCCGGCCUCCUCGCGCGGUAAUCUUCGGUCGCGGCUAUGAGCCUCAGCAGGUUGAAGAGCUUAAGAAGAAAUUCGCGGGUGUUGCUAAAGAACCUGUUGCUUGGGUGAGGGGGAACCCAGCGGAUUUGCCUGCUGGGGCCGCUGGGCCUGACUAUGCUCAGAAUAUCGCGGCGGAUAUGAAGAAGGUGCUUAAAAAAUGGAGGGACGGGGGAGGAAAAGAUGAAGAGAUUUUGGUGUACUAG